AUGCAUAAGCUGUACAAUCAGGAUGCUAUCGAUUUUGGACCUUGGGAAACAUCUAAUUAAAACAACCUAAACACCUUCUAUUUAUAAAAUAUUUUAUAAUAAGAAGAUUAAUAUGGAAUUAAUUAAGAAGCAGAUUCUGGCAAUAAUGAAAUUAAAUAUAAAAUUGAACUUAGUAAAAAUGACAAUCCUCCUGAAGAUAAUUAUAGAGUUUUAAGCAAAACUCUAGUGAAAAAUUAUUCUGAGCCCAAUAUUCACAAUAAGAACACUAUAGUAAGCAGUCUUCAAUCAAGUCCUAAGCAUUUUCAUUAAAAUAUGCUCUUAAAAAACUAAAAUGACUCAACUAAAUUCACAACUUAUAAUAAUAUUAAUAAUGAAAAAAAGAGAUCCAAUUCUUUGAAAAGGGUUGAAAAUAUCUCAGAUUUAAAUUACAACCAGCUUAAAGUAAUUAAAAAUAAUUUUCAUGAAGAAAAUAAAUUUGAUGUCGAUAAUCACUAAUAAACAACUUAAAGUAAUAAAAGUAAAAUUAAAAUAAAACUUGAUACUGAUAACUUUGAGCGUGUACCAAUUAUGGAUCUAAAAUAUCAAGAUUUUGAAAAGCUUUGUAAAUAAAAUAUUUCAGGGUUACCAAAAAAAAAUGGACACUAUAACAGUCAAACAGAGUAUAACCAAAUUGAAGAUUUAAAUAACUCUUAAAAAUAAAGAUAAAAAAAUUUAAGCUUUAAGUAGAAGUAGGAGUUUAAUAGAUAGUUAAUUUAAUAUGGACACUAGGCACUCUAAACAAGCAAUUUCUUAGAUAGUAACAUAAAAGAAUUUUAAAAGAAUUUAAAAAACAAAAUUUAAUCUGUGCAUUCUCCUGUUCGAGAAUCUAAUUAAGUAAAAUAGUCCAUAUCUGACAGUAUCAACAAUGCAUUAAAUUAACUUAAGAGUUAGAGCUCAAAGACAAGCUAUUAAGAUAAAACUUUUAAAAAGUCAGAUGAAUUAUUUCAAUAAUAAGAUUGGAAAUAAAAAAUUUAGCAAAAAAAAAUAGUAGAAUAAAAUGCAUCAUUUUUUUCAGCAAAUAAAGAAAGCUAAAAAUAAUCCCAAUAAUUAUUAAACGAAGAAAAAAAUAAUUUAAUACUUUAAAACUUAGAUGAUAAAGAUUCAUAAAAUGAAACUAAAAAAUCAUCAGUUUCAUUGAUGUAGAAGUAAAAUUCACCAAGCAAUAAUUAAAAAAACUGCCUUUUAAGUCUUAAAAAAAGGCCUUCUAUAAAUACAAACUCUCAAUUAAAAAAGCUGUCAUUUAAUAUACCAGCAUGCUAAGACUUUAAAUACCAACAUGUAGAACAAUAAAUAGAAGGUGUGAAUUUUAAUACACCAAAGCAUAAUAGUAAUUAAAUAGAAAAUUCUAUCUACUACUAAUACAUUCAGUAAAAAAUCAUAAAUAAAGGGAUAAAAGGAUAAAAAGUAAGAAAUUACUUUGCAAGCCAAAGAAAUUUGUUAAGAAGCUGUCCUAACCAUGUUGAAUUAAAUUCAAAUUAAAAUGAAUAGACUCAAAAUUUCAAAACCAAUGUUAAAUUAUAUCAUGAAAGCAAAAAAAAUAAAUAAAUUUCGAGCUAUCUAAACGAUAGCAUGGUAUUUCAAAAGUCUGAAAUAAACAGCCCAACUUAAUAAAUAUACAGUUCAUCAAACUCUGAAAAUAUGUAAAAAUUAAAUGAAAAGUAAAAUUAUUUAACUUUAAGAAGAAACGAAUUAGCACAAAACAGAUCUGAAUACAGCCAAAUAAAUCAAUAGAUUCAUUUACUAGAAACUUCAAAUAAACUUUGUAUAGACUAGAAUUUAAACUAAUCUUUAAUUAAAGUAUCACUUCUAAAAUAUAAUUUAAAUUCAAUUGGAGAAACAAAAUAAAUGGAAUUUAAUAGCUACGAAUAUUAUCAAUAUGAAGUUGCUUUAGCUAAAUUGAUUCAGUUAAUUAUUGAUAGAGCUAAAGAUAUAGAAGCAUUUAAAUUGACAUAUAUAAAUCAUGUAAAAUUUGAUAGUUACUAAUUGUUUUGCACAAUUGAUGAAGAUAAGUAAAAAUAUAUAUCGUGUCCUGAUAUUAUGAAGCUUUUAAGGAGAAAUAGUUUUAGUAUUAAGCAAAAAGAUAUAGAAUUUCUAGUAGAUAGAUAUUCUUCGCUAAAGUCACUCUUGUUCUUUAAGGAUUUUCUAAAAUUAGUGCUGCCCUAAGGAGAUGAAGAUAUGAUUGACUCAGUUGUAAAAUAGAGCUUAGGAGUUGUAUUUGAUUAAGGGAAAAAAAUAUCACCUUUGAUUGAAUAAAAAUUAUCAGAAUUAAUUGAGAAGGAGGUUAAAUUAUUUUCAGAUUUGUAGGAUUUAAAGAUUUCUAUUGCUGAAAAAUAUUCAUGGAGCUUCAAGCUAGCAAUUUAAGUUUUUAUGAAGGGCAAUACAGGCCACAUCACACCUAAAAUGAUUGAUGAUUUUAUGUAAGUUAAUGGAAAUGGGAAAUAUUAAUACUAGGAUUUCAAGUUCUUAAAGAAUAGAUUUAGCUAGUCUGAAGGAAUACUAGGCUUAACUUAGUAAGAAUUUGGGGAUAUGGUUUAUCCGUAUGAAUUCUUCUAUGAUCCUAAUGAUGAGAAAUAUGAUAAUUAUAAGUCUUAGUAAUAAGAAAUAGAAGAGGAAAAGUAGGUGUUAAGAAAAAUUCAGGAGAAAGAAGAGUUUGAUAAGAAGUUUAAAAUAAUUGGAGAUUUCAUCAAAGAUCCAGAAUAUUAUGAGUAGCAUGAAAAUAUCAUUAAAUUUUUUGAGGAAAAUUAAUAUCGAAAACUGUACUAAAACUUAAAGAAUUUUGACUACUAUAUAGAUUUUGCUAAAGAAAAAAUUAUUUAUAAGCCACCAAAGAAAGAGGAAGAAAAGGAAAUUUUAGAUUUCUAUGAAACAAUCAAACAACAUCAAAAGGAGCUUAAAAGAUAGGCUCUUUAAGAGAAGAAGGCAAAAAAAAAAUAUAAAAAUCCCUAUUUAAAUGAAUAUAAAGGGCUAGACGACUAAGAAGAUUAAGAGGAUUUAUUUGAUACAAGUAAUAUGCCCAGAUUCAGAGAUUAUUAAAGGCAAUUAAAAUAUGAAACUCCUAGCAGGCCAAUGACUAUUAAGCAAUUUGUUAAACUAAUUAGAGCUGAUAGAAAUAUAUUUUUGUACCAAAAACCAGAAAUAAAAAUAUUGAAAAGAAUGGAGUUAUUCAAAACAAUAAAAUAAGAUUUGAAAAAAUAAGAACUAAGAAAGCAAGUUAUAGAUAAUUAGAUAGAAGAGAUAACUGUUUAGGAUAAAAAAGUAGCAGAGAUAGAGAGAAAGAAGCUUUUCUCCGCUUUUUCAGAGUAUAAUAUGUUGGAAGAUGUUAAUACUUAAUCUCCUAAAUAGAAUAGCACAUACAAUACUUAUUUAUAUAAAAAUUCUCUUUAAAAAAGUAUGUCGUUUGGAGAGUCUCUUAAAAUAUAAACUAGCGAUAAAAAAAGUGAUGCAAAACUGAUUAAACCACAGUCAAUUUCGCCAGAAAAGAAAGAUAAAAGCAACAUCUUUUUCUAAAGUCCAAUAUUAAGUAGUCAAAGCAGCUAGUAAGAAAGUAGUAAAUUUAUAAAAAAGCCAUCUAUAAUAAAAGAUAAAUCAUAAAAGAGUGUAUUAUAACUUGAAUAAAUAGAUGAAAAUUCAUUUUUACAAACAAAGAAAAAUGAGCCAUAAAUUCCAUCUUAAAACAAUGAUUUUUAAACAAAAUAAUUCACACCAAAAGAAAAAAAUGUAAACAAGCAAGGUUCGGCUACUGUUAAAAAGUUAUAAUUCUAUGAUUAAGGGGAAUUGAAGUCUUCACUUAAUAAUUCUCAAUUAUCUUUAGAGUAUUUAGAUAAAAUAAAAGGAGUAUAUCCUUCUUAGGAAGAAAUUUCUCUAACUAAAAUAUUAGAUAGACUUCCCACAAACCCACAAAUUGAAGAAAUUAAGAAUCAAGAUAACAUGGAGACAAAAAAACUAACAAAGAAACAAACCGAAUAAGAUAUUAUAAAACAAGCUUAAAAAGAUAUAAUACAAUUUAACCUAAUAAAUGCAAUAAAGAGAUAGAAAUUUAUGUCAAAAAUCUUAGAUAAAAGUACUUUUGGAGAUUAUCCAAACAAAUAAAUAUAUAAAAAAUAUUACCAAUGA